AUUUCCGCCAGUCUGUUAUUUCAUAGAGGAAGAAACAGUUUGAGCCUGGGCGAGUGGAGAAUUCUUGCUUAAAGCCGUGUGGCCGAUUGACUGCUACUGCUGUGAAAAACUGUCAAAGGGAAAAGAAUGGAUGUUAGCUGUUUUGGGAUUACCGUUUUAUUCUUUUUCAUUGCAAGUUCAUCUAUGACUGAAGCCGGCCUUUCAGUCGGAUGUUGUAACUUUCGUAAGAUGCCCGAUUCAAACUAUUUGGAUGAGGAGCGCUGGUUUCCGCAGUCCAACGACCCUCCCUGCGAUUGUCAACACUUGCGCCUUUUGAAGCGUCUAGCGAAGGACUCGUCUUACGAAGAGGAUUUCUACAAACCACCGUGGAAGACGACUCAUAAGGAAGCAGUUUGUCAAGACCCAUUAGGGAUGGAGAGUGGAGCAAUUCCUGACGAUAAUCUGUCAGUCUCUCACGUUGGUCAUACUGGUUUUGGUCGCGAGAAAUCUCGUCUUAACACGAAGGGUGCUUGGUGUCCCGAACCAAUAGAUACAAAUCAAUGGAUCACCGUAGACCUUGGAAACAAGAUCACAGUCAGCGGACUCAUCACACAGGGGCGGCACCACAGUGAUGUUUGGACCAAAUCAUACCGAGUGCAGUACAGCGCUGAUGGAACAAACUGGAACUAUAUCACAGCCAGUGGAAGUCCCAAGGAGUUUCAGGGUAACAGUGACAACGACUCUCACGUCACUGUCAUAUUCCCGGAGCCUCUACAAACACGCUACGUCAAAAUUGAGCCUCGGAGCUGGCAAAGGUAUAUUUGCAUCCGGUUCGAGCUGCUUGGUUGUAGAGCCUAAACACAUAUGAGAAGCGCUGAAUAGUACAACGCAUGAGCGAAGGGAACGAGGAUGACUUGACCUCAGUUAAGUCUCAACAACUUUUAAGAAUUACUUUAGAUACUUGGAAAAAUUAACCUUCAAGUUAUGUGAAAUAAGACUUAUGUAUGUAGGCCUAUGUAAGAAUGGCAUGGCACUGUAUUAUAUUGUUUCAUUCUGAGUAUUUACGCUUUAAAUAGAAUUCUUCAACGUGGUCAUUAUUGUACAGGCCAUGUAUUUGCUCACUUUUCGUUUGUCACAUGCUUUAUGAAUAUAGGGAGCUGCAUUUCAGGCUGGUUAGUUAGUGCAAGGCUAGUCCAACCUCGUUCCCGUAGAUACGAUCUUGCCGCGCCAUGUUGGUUCCCACCAUCUCUGCGCGAUCUAACCCCUGGUAUUGUAUAUAUGCCUAAUUUAAAUAUCCUACUGUUGGGGAUAUUGGGUUAAAUACUGUAAGGUGCGUUCGAGCGAGCUACUCGCGUUUACACUAGUAUACUCUGAGCGCUUGAACGGCUAUAGUGCGAUCCGAGGGUCUGCGAGAGUCUACUCUCGCUUUAGGGGGAGUAUACUCCUGUACCCGAGUGUAAUGCGCACGCAUCCUACUCGUGUUAACAGGAUCGGAGUAAACGCACGAACGCACCCAAAAAGUGCGGUGGCACCACUCUCACUCGCACAUUUUUGAGUUUGACGCGCCUGCAUUUAGCAAAUCAUUAAUUUCACUUAUUAGUCAAAGAGGCAUGUAAUGCGCGUAUACUACCUAUUUAUGAGCUGUACCACCAUAAAAAUGGCUUUUAAUGCUGGUUGUCGAAUUACAUUUUUUCGAAGUUUUAAUCACAGUAGAUUAAAUUGUCGCAACGGUAAUGGCUUCUAAUUCUGACUGUCGAGUUACACUUUUUCAAGCUAAAUCAUUACGCAUCAAAUUGUCGACAUAAGAUCACAGAGACAGCGAUUAAAAGGGUCUAUUUUCCGCACGGCUUUUCUGAAUGCACUUUUAUGUUUCAUCUUACCGUAUUUGCAAUGAUUGUGCUGUAUUUUAAAAGGCAUUCUAGUGUUUAUUGUUUUGUUUUGGGGGGGUUUCAUGCUGAUACAAAUUUGAAUAUUCAUUAGAAAACUGUGGCUACAACGCCAUUGCUGAAAGGCCCUCAAAAUAGUUCGAUAAAUUUUGCAAAAAUAACUAGUGGUAUUUUUUAGUAUUUUGCCUUCCCAUUUUUUCCUCUUUCUUGGUUGAUUCAAUGUUGUGCAAGAACUUUGAAAUAAUAUGGCAACAAUCAAUCAUUUCUCAGAAACAUUUGAACGAGCAAAUUGUAGGUUGGCAACAUAAACAGAAAGCAUGUUAACUGAUCGUUGCGUUCCCUAAAUGACAUCACAGCAAAAGUACCUUCAUUCAGCCGGAAAAGCAUGGACAAAUUUCAAAUGUUUAAACAAUGCGAUUUUCAAAACACUUCACCCCAAAAGGGCGCUGAAUUGUUUCACAUAAAAGACUUUACAGUUGCACGAAACGUGCAUCUAUAAAGAAUUUAUCCUCGGAAACUUUGAGCGUCAGGAAGUAGCACAGGCAUCAUGCCUCAAGCCCCAACCCCUAGGGUGAAUGUAAAAUAAUAUUGAAACCUGGGAGAUUGAGCACUGAGGAUGGAGUUAAUGAAAUUUGGGGGUGAAAAUAUAAAAAAUGAGACUAAAAAAUGAUAUUAGAUAAAAAAUGAAAGAAGUGAAAAAAGGGCAAAAUGAUGAAUGGCUUUUCCGUGGACUGAUUUCUAAAAUGUUGAUUAAAUGCUCACUUUAAAUUACCUUAGUUUGUUGGAUGUUUAAAUCGAUAACUUAAGUACCUUGUUUUAAAUGAGAUGUUUCAAGGUAUCUGGCUGUUAAUUUUUAUUUUAUUCAACGACGUUGAUUCAACGAUGUUUUACAGUUCUGUGUUUUUAUGAAUCCUAAAUCAUGCCAAGCUUUUUUGGUGUAUAAAUACAAUUUUGAAACCCAGACGUGAUGUCUAGGGUACACUAAAAUCCUCGUGAAUUCGAUUGUAUUCUGCUCUUGUUACCACUUUUCGCCAAUUCUCAGUUUUGUGUCCAUACCUGGCUUUGUCUCAUAUUACUGCCAAAUGUAGGAAUUUUACUUCAAUUUUAACAUUUUUUAUGUAGUUCGACCAUGAGCCGCCUAUGAGCACCGUGGGUGUCAGAGACAAAGCUCAAGACACGAUGUCACAAAGGACUUGACAAUGACAAGGGACAUU